AUGAGUGAUUCAGAACUCCAAGAACAGUUAAUGGAGCUGGAUAAACUGGUUGAUGAUCAAGAACUCAAUGAUGAGCUCCAAAGUCUUGAUGACUUGAUUGGUGAGCUGCAGGAAGAGAAAGAAGUGGCACCAGUAAAGACACCUGAACCGAGGGUGCGUUGGAGAAAGAGAGACAUUGAUGGAAACAUUGUCUAUGCAAGGCCAAGAUCAAGCAGGAAUCAGUCAAAUAAGGCUGAUCCCAUUCGGAAAUCUGAUCCUCCCAUCAAUGCACCUGCCACUAACUGUGAGGUGACCUUUGCUCCAGAGGCUGUUGAGUCUUUUCUGCAAGAUCUCCAGCACUCACUGAGCAAUACCUCAGAUGAUGAGGCAUCAUCUCUUGAGACCUCAAGAGGUCCUCUCCUAGCUUCCUCAAACUGGAGCACAAGACAAAGUCUCUUUUCAGAGAGAUGGAGGACAGAGAGACCACGUCUGGUGAACACCGCUGCGGCACAUGAAAAUGUAGCAACACGCAUCUGCCAACAGUGUGGGAGCAAUCCAGCUGCUGUCCGCUGCAGUGACUGUCGACCACAGCCCUUUUUCUGUGCUCAGUGUGAUGUCAGUAUGCACACCAGACAUGUUCUCCAUAACAGAGAUGCCAUGACGGCUGGAUUCUACCAGCCAUUGCCUCCAACAACUUUUGUUGUAGAUAAGGCUCUUUCCCAUUGUGUACGGCUUGUACCUGUGGAGAUCCCUUACAAAAUCUGUGAUUGUUCACGAGAGUCACUAAGGGUCAGUCCAGGGAAGACUGUUGCUGUAAUCACAAUGAAUGGACGAUAUGAUCUAAGCAUGCCUGAGUUGAGUUGUGAGGCAUGCCAAGCCACGUGGGCUGCUGGAGUGGGUGAUCUAAAUCUGAGUGACUACUGGCCUGCAACCCUUCACUUUGCCACUAUUUAUGCCACAGAUGUCUUCUUCUCAUUUGAAGAAAUGAAGAUGGCUGCACCAGGACUGUCCUGCCAAGCAUUUUUGAGAAUGCUCGAUCAGCGAACUGUCCGCUUUGGUCGUUGUGGCAAGAUCUCCAAAGACAGUUUUCAAAAAAGUUUUUUUGAGUGGGAGGCUGUGCGAUACGAGGUGGACAAAAUCUGUAAGGAAGAGCCCUUCAUCUGUCCUGCGUGCAGCCCAGACAUGCUGGCAGUUUCAGUCGAUGGAAACCGCAAGCAUUACCAUUUCAAGAAUGCAGCUAGAUCUGAAGAAAAGGCCAUCUUUGAAGACGUCUUUAUAGCUAAGGAUGAAGAUGUGACAAGAUUUGUGGACUACAUUCACAAGACAUCCAAACAUGUGAGUGGACGAGGUGUUUGUGGAGGGGAGUGGUCAGCAGCCAGAGAGACCUCCCAGGGAUCUGCCAGCAAGGUAGACGAGGAGGGAUUGGAGCUUGCAGUGUGUCGACACGGAGUGCUCCUCCGUGCUUUAAAUAUGUACAGGGGUGAAAUUUUUGCCUAUCCCUUGUACCUGCAAGAAAAGCUGGCCAGUAGGCAAAUACAUUUGUUUUGUAUGGAUGUGACUUGCAAAUAUUGGCCCUACCUCCAAAGAGUUGCAAAAAGCUGUCCAGAGCUCCAGCACCUUCUUAACAUGAAGCCCUUCCUUUCAGUGUUCCAUGCCAAAGCCCAUGAUUUUAAAUGUGAGGUGAAAUGGAGUGGGGCAUAUCAGGAUGGGGCUGGUUUAACCCUAGGUGAGGAGGUGGAACAGUGCAAUGCUUUCCUGUCUAGGAUUGCAGUGACUACAAAACACAUGUCCAAAGCAGGGCGCACAGACAUGCUGACUCUCAUGGCCAUGCGCUGGAAUCAGCAAAGAUCUACACUUUGGCCAUCACACUGA